UCGACGACCGAUCCUAUAAACGUCGACACCUCUCUUUUUAAUUUGUUUUUUCCCGGAGGAGAGUGGAGAUCUCUGCGAGGGCUGCACGAUGGCAGUCUUCUCUCCGUAAGAUGCAUCCCGCUUCGGCUUCCGCAGAUCCACCCAUCCUCAGAGCCAUCAAGUGAAGGCUAUGGUUCUCUCAUCGGGGCUCCUCCUCGCUCCUCCGUCCUUUCCGACCAGCUCCGGCCCCCGGCUGGGAUUUCUCCGCCUUCUCACUCGCCUCCCUCCCGAAAAGGAUUUUUUUCCCACCCUCCGGGUAGAGAUCCAGUGGUGACCCCAUCCACCAGAAAAAAAAAAAAAAAUCAACAUUCAUUGAGAAGUCUCAAAGAAAUACACCACGUGAGGGGGGGUGGGGUGGGGGGGGGGGAAAGAAACUGGGAGAAGAUCGGAAUAAUAUCGCUUUUUCCUAUGGUAAAACUGGUGCCCCUCUUCGGAAGAACUGGUCUCAGAUUAUUAUUAUGCAACCACAAAGAUCGGUUCCUUCUCAGGGGGUCUAAGCUGCUGGAUUGCUUUUCGCCCAAAUCAAUGUGGUUUCUUUGGAACAUAUUCAGCAAAGGAACGCAUAUGCUGCAGUGUCUUUGUGGCAAGAGUCUUAAGAAAAACAAGAACCCAACUGAUCCCCAGCUCAAGGGUAUAGUGACAAGGUUGUAUUGCAGACAAGGCUACUACUUGCAAAUGCACCCUGAUGGAACUCUCGAUGGAACUAAGGAUGACAGCAGUAAUUCUACAUUAUUCAACCUCAUACCAGUGGGACUUCGAGUUGUUGCGAUCCAGGGGGUAAAGACAGGGUUGUAUAUAGCCAUGAACGGAGAAGGUCACCUCUACACAUCAGAACUUUUUACUCCCGAAUGCAAGUUUAAAGAGUCUGUUUUUGAAAACUAUUAUGUAAUCUACUCAUCCAUGCUGUACAGACAACAAGAAUCUGGUAGGGCGUGGUUCCUGGGGCUCAAUAAGGAAGGCCAAGUUAUGAAGGGUAACAGAGUGAAGAAAACAAAACCAGCAGCUCAUUUUCUACCUAAGCCGUUGGAAGUGGCCAUGUACCGAGAACCAUCUCUGCACGACGUCGGAGAAACAGUGCCGAAGCCCGGGGUGACGCCAAGUAAAAGCACAAGUGCUUCUGCAAUAAUGAAUGGAGGCAAACCAGUGAACAAGAGUAAGACGACAUAGCCAGAUCCUCACAGGUGUUGUGACUUCCUGCACCCGUGCACAGUUGAGUGAUUUAUCCCUGCCAGACUAACAGGCACCAGUGGCUGAGGAUUGGCUAGAAGUAAGCCAACGCUUGCUCUUGGCCCUUUCUGAACUAACUUGUUGCAAGGGGAUAAAUCUCAACAUGUCGCUCCACCCCGACAAGAAGACACCUGGAUUACCAGCUAAACUCAGACCAUGGAAUGCCCCUACCAGAUAUGGAAUGCCUUUUUACUCUCUUUUCUGUAACUGUGACACUUCAUGUGAAUGACAUCUUUCACAAGUUCACUUGAUACUUUGCCUGCCGACAGUAACCAUAAUCCUUUUUUGAGUCCAGUAUCAGCGAAAUCCCAUGUGUUUCAGUUUGAUUUGGUAGCACACAGAUAAUCUCAAGUAAUUUCUAGUUAGAUGCUGUACACCCGUGCUAUUCUGAAUUUCUCUUCCCCUUUUUUUCACCAAGCUGCUUGCUCCACUGUCUGUGACCUUUUGCAGGGAUGUGUUUCUCUAGAAUUGAAAUGUUGCAGGUGGCUUAGUUCUGAAAGCAAUCAGGGAAUCAGGAAGCCUUCAAAAUUUAUUAUUAUAAAUUGCAUCUAGCAAGAAUGGGGUCAUUGUCUCUGACUUCCAAUAUCGAUUAACCACAGUACACUUUAAUAACCGAUUCCAUAGUCCCGAGGUUGGCAUUAUUGUGGAGGGAGAUGGGUCAAACACAAUCAACAGAGAGUUUGCUGAGACAGGUGUUUGACACCCCCUGGUAGUUUCUCUCUGUGUGUGUGUGUGUGUGUGUGUCUGUGUGUGUGCAUGUAUGUGCGUGCGCGUGUAUGUGUGGUGUGUUUUAUACAUAUCACAAGCUUACUGGUAUGGUAACAUUUGCCUUGGCCAGCAAGCAGACCUGCUUAUUUUGGAGAAAGUGGGUCCAAAGAACUCUGUAGGCCUUGUAGGCCUGAAUUAAGGCUCAUACUUCAUCAACUAACCCUCAUGAUUUGAAAAACAGUAGUUAUGACUACCAAGAACUGCGCUACCUAAAUCCAUUUCAAAUAUAAUCCCUUCCUGUUUUUAACGAACCGAACUUAACGCCAUCGUGAUUUCUGGCUGCGUUCCCCUCUUGCUCAGCGGAGGAUGGGCAAGGCGGCCGUUGUGUGGUUUUCUUGUAGUACCAGUGAAAGGGUGAGUUCUGAAUUAGACUUCAAUAGUUUUGGGGUUUAAAGAUGAGUUUUUAAACAGGACGUAGGAAAAAUAAAAGGGUUUUUGUUGUUGUUUUGUCUUUUUUGAAGCUCAGCUCAGCAUGGCGAGUCCGGUCCUGGGUACUUCAUAGGUAAUACCUCUAACCCAGCUUCAUAGGCCAGGCUUUGCCAAAUGGCUCAGUUAAAGGUGCCUUGCCUUGUACUCACAAUACAGUAUAUUCAGCUACUGUAAGUCAACCCAGAGGAAACCCAGCUCUGUAUAGGAGACCCAGUUCUUGGAUCGUUUACGUGCUUUUUGGUUGUUCCUUUUUCUUUGGAAACAGUGAUGCUGAUAGCUGAGCUUUCAUGAGGUCAGUGAGGCAAAACAAAUUAUCACAUGAUGCAAAAUGCUGAACGUUGUAAGUCAACAAUUCCAAAACCCUCAGCAGUGAACUUGUCAAAGAUUGAAAAGAUAAGGGGACUCCGUGUCUGCUUAAGAAAAUGACAUAUUUCCUUCUCAGAAGGCAUUAUUAAGGCCAAGCUGUACCUCAGUUCUAGAAAACUACAUGUGGGAUCAAUGCCCUGGCCUCCUGCUACUAUUUUAAUGUUGAAGGAUGAUAUAUUUAACAUUUAUCCCACGUGGACGUAUUUAAGGAGAUUUAUUUCAUCAUUGCUCUCUGUCAGAUUUAGCCCUCGCCGGUUGUUUAAACUUUUGGCCUGCUUAGCUGAUUAAGGAUUCAGAAUACAUUAACUGUUGAUGCUUAUGAAUUUUUCACAUCGGAUUCAGUUUUAAUAAAUAAAAGUUAGUCAGAUGUUUCAGUAGAUUAUUGUCAAUGCUGCUAAAUCACAGAUAACUUUUUUUUAAAACAGUUAUUAAUUUCUGGUUGAUUUAUUUGAAAAGAAAAAAAGCCCUGUGUUAAAUGUGCGUAGUUUUACUAUAGGAGAUGAAGCACAGGAGGUGAAGUUGAUUAUUUGUUAUAUCCUCUCACCCCACCCGCCCCCCAGAGGGAAAAAAAAUGGGAAAAGCUCUGUUGUUGUGACAAAGUAUGCCAGAAAGACAAGAUAGAACAUGGCCCUUGAGUACCAUACGCUCACCCAUACAUUCACACAUCCCUCCCCACCGUUUUCGAAACCAAACCCCGCCAGGGUGGGUACUUAUUUCUCCUGCAAGCCAGUUGACUGGUUUGACAAUUUCAGCUGGAUUUAUUUUUGUAAAUGAUUAGGAUGUACUGUAAAUGUAAAAUUCUUGAUUUGCUUUUCUUUUCCCCCUGUUUCUACGGAUUGUCUAUAAGGGUGUUGAUUCUUAUGAAUGGCUGUCUUUAAACAGUUUCUUCUAAAAAAUACGUCUGAACAUAUAGCAGAGGGUUGUUUGUUCCUUGUGCUUUUGUUAUUACUUUAAUUUCGUCUAUUGUCUCAUCUGUUGCAUGGGAAGAGGAUGGCAAUGAUGAACUGCAUGUAGUAGGUUCUGUGUAUCAAGAACUGUUGGUAUGUAUUACUAAAUUUACAUACAUAUAUGCAAAGAGUUUGUCUGCAUUGUACAGUUUAUGUGUUUAUUAUUAUUUGUUGUAUUACACAGAUGCAAUGUAUUGAAUAAAAUAUUUAUACGAAGGCAUAUUGAAAAACAUCAAACCAACUUUAUGUAACAACUAGAAUGUGCAAAAUAUCAGCGCACCACCCACUGAUCUUGAGAACGUCCUGUAAAUAGGUUGGCAGACUCGAUUCUCCCUACCCCGCCCCCCGCCCCUUUUACCGUGCCAAAGAAAAUUUUAGCUCCUUGCUAAUACCUCUAUUGCUCUUUUCCAGGAUAAGACUUCACCAUGCUGUUCCCUCCAAAAUUAUAAGUUUGCUGUUAAGUAAGUGAAAAUUAUUUUCAACUGUCUGUUACUACUGAAGUACUGUAUAGUAAAAUUGGUGGAAUCAAUUUAUAUUUACAGAUUGUGUGGUUUAUAUUCCCCUGUACCUAUGCCACAGGUAUCGAGUCUCUAUAUUAUGCCAUACUUUUGCGGGUUUAUUUUCGGGAUUAUUUUCUUCUUGUCAUGUAGUACCGAAUUAGAUUGCCUUGUUGAGGCCCACACAGAGAGACUCCAAUAUCGCUUCUGUUUUAUUAACUAACACACACGCAAAUUUAUAAUGUAGAUAUUCCAUAAUGCAGUAGAGUCACUCUCUUUACUUUAAAAUGAGAGUUUUGGGGGCUAAAAUUUUAUUUGGCAAAAUUGCAGAGAGGUGUUACAGUAUUCCACUUUGGCAUCAACACAAAGCAACGCCUUGGUCCUAAUGACAAAAUUUUGGCUGUUGAAUUUUCUGUUUCUUUGGUCCUCCUCCUUUCAAAAAUCAGGUCCUUCCUAAGUGACCUCAUAAAACAAAUCCUCAGAGGCGGAUUUGUUCACUGCUCCGAAUUGGAGCUUUGGAAAGCACGUAUGUGGAUCAAACAAGCAUCUAAUGUCUUUAAAAGUCAUAUUUCAGCCUUCAGAACCACUAGCGAUUCUCCCAGAGAACAUUCCAAAGUUAAAGAGAAGGAACUGUUAUUUUUAAAAAGAUACUGAAUCCCAGAUCGCUGACAUACAUAUGUUAAAUGUCUCCCUAGACAUUUAUGCUCUUAGGUGAGAGGCUGAUUGCUGAAAUUAAGGAUACCCUAUAGUUAUUAUAUUUUACCAUUUACUUCUCAAAUAUUUUCUGGCAGGCAACUUAAUUCAUUGCAAAAUAGCUGGUACCCAUAUUCUUUUUAUUUUUUUUUCAAAAAUAUCGCAAAAUAUCCCUGUGGCUACAGAGGUACCCCCACAGUCAAAUUAACUUAGUCCCGAACCGCCACAUAUCAUUAUUUUUACCUGCUCUUUGCCUUUCCGGGCUCAAACUGGAAGCCCAUCCAGCUAAGGUUAUGGUUAGGUUCUAUGUGAAACACAAGCUCGUUGGGGGAGAGAGGCUGGAUCCGAUGGGAUGAAUUUGUUCGGAACCUGAGGCUUAACUAUUUGCAGAGAAACAGACCAGUAAAUGUCAAUUUGUGCCUGAAUCACCUAACUGAGGCUUUGGAGGGUUUGAAGCGGGGGAAGAAUUUCAAUAAGAUAUCAGUCUCAGGGGCCCAUACCGUACUUCCAGUCAACUUACAUGAAUAGAGAGCAAAGGCCCUAAAGGGAAGAGCUUUGAGGUGGAUGUCUCGAUAGUUCCUCUGAAGAGGAAAGCCCAGCUGUUUGAUUAUUUUGUUCUGUCCAUUUCUGACCCCCGCAGACCAUCUCAUCCCUUUCUCGUUGUCCAGAUGGUGGGCCUUUACCCAAUUUUGUUCUUUUCUUCUUUGUCAUUAUGAGGUUUGGGGCCCAGAAAAAGUUGGCCCUUAAGUCAAGAUGUAACCUAGCAAUUUAAAAGAAAAAUUGUUUGUUUACAUGUGGGAAAUUAUUAAAUGUAGCACCACGUUUCAUCUCUAAUAGCUGCGAUGCACCUCUUAGUGGAGCUGACGGGAAUUGCUUUGCCAGACUUAGAGCAAACAUUUCGACACUGUUCACACUAGGAUACCUUUUAAAAUGAAAGUUUAGUUACCGUGCAGAUCACGAUCCAAGACUUAUGCAAUCCUAAUUCAGCUUUAAGAAUCUGUAGUUCUCUUAAUUGCAGACUCUAGCUUGAUCAAGUAUUUCUCUCACGGUUACUUGGGCAAACAAUUUAGAUAAAACACCCUUUGAACUGUCAUGUCUAGGUUAAAAUCAUUUCUCCAGAAAAAGAAACAUUUAUAGGAAUGCCUUCUGGGGAGAUUUUUCACACUUUUCUUACAAGAAAAUGUAAAACUAAAUGUGUUUGUGUGUUUAAAUUUACUGAGGUAAUGAAAUAUUCAUAUAUAAUCAUAUAGAAUAUUAAACCCACCAAAGGUAAUGAGAAGUUAUGCUCUCCUUUGGAGAAUCAAUACAACUAGUCCUAGAGCAGAAAGAGAAGUUCUUUCAAACCUGGGAAAUGAAUAGUGAAUGCACAUAAUUCAUCCCUACCAAAUUUAACCUGCUAAGAUAGUUCAUUUUUGGUAUUAAAUCUAAAGAGGGGAAACAAAUGUAUCUUUCAGUAUUUUCGGGUCUUUUGACCUGAAAUAUUUCCUAUCCAUUAGUAGGAAAGUAACUGCUACUCUUAUAAAGAAUAUAGGUAAGGUUAUUAAGAUUGCAUCGAUUUACCUUCUGGAAGAGGUUGACAAUUUUCAACCACAAUCAAUUUUGGUUACCAGAAAUUUUGUACUGCUAAAAUUAUGUCCUUGCAGAAAGCAUUCAGAUUUCCAUAACGGAAGUCACAAUUGUUUUUCUUUUCAAUAUACACAGAUCCCAACUUCUAGUCAUGUUCUAACAAUUCUAAGUCACAGCACCUAAAUUUCUGCAUCCUAAAAAUGAAGUUUGCUACUAAAAUGGUCAUCUCUCACACCAUAAAAAUGAUUUUUGCUAAGUUAUACCAGAAUUUUACAGAAUGUAAUUCCUAUUUAGAAACAAAGGGUUUGUGGGUUUUUUUUUGCUCUGAAAAAUUGAAGGGCUGCCGAAAUCAAUGUAAAUGCAUUUCGAAAGGCCCCCAAAUUGUUGAUUUUUCCUAAUUCAAUGUGAAUUUGGUACUGAGCUUCAUUUCACCACUGCAAAGAAAUAAAAUUUUAUUCGGAACACUA